ACAUCCAAAGCAACGCUGGAAGCGACAAGUCGAUUGGCCAAGAUCACGACCCGACACCCAACCCGACACCCUCCAUGGACGGAUCCGCGCGCUCGGCGACCACCACAUCCCCGACGGCGAAUGGAAACUCUGCUCCCAUGUCGCACCAGCCGGAACGGAGACCAACACAAUCCACGACCUUCCCUCAAACCAAACCCAGCCCGCUUUUGCUCCGGAACAUGACGAGCAAGUCCCAUCUGCACCGCUGGAAUAUCAAUUGGUUACGGGCGACCGGUUCAAACCAGCAUCGAAGCGGCCAUUGUCACCACGAGAGUCGCAGUCCUUUGCUACCUCCAACCGCUACGCAUUGCUUCAGGAAGACGACGUCGAACUCUCCCUCGAAGACUUUGUCAUCCCACGAGUUGUGCUCGCCUUCGUGUAUUAUCAAAUCUGGUUCCAACGCGCCGAUCGAACGUUCCGACCCGACCUUACCCCCAUAACUCCUGUGGAUACAUCGAUCCAUGCAGUCAACCUAUUCAAGAUGCACCUGUGGCUCCUACUUGGAGACUUGCCUCUCAAGAAAGGCUACUCCAAAGUGUUCAACGUUCUUCGAGCGCUGAGUGCUGACCCAUGGUUGAAGCUGCAUGUAAUCCCUGAUUCCGUCCACGCCUAG